CUAAAUAUCGACAAUAAUUAUUGUAAAAUUCUCGGAUUAUAUUACAUUAACACACCUUCACGUGCUGUUUGACUAGUCGGGUUGGCAGCUUGCCUUGCGCAUGGCCUACAAAGUGAGGCUAGGCGUAAUCUUCACCACCUGACAGUAGUUUCAUAUGUCGUUUAGCGCCUAUCCGGUCCUUUCUUACGCAGAAGAUCACCAAUCUUAGCAGGGCCAUGAUUUAACAGAACAACGUAAUUGGCUAGUGAGCCACAACCCCUGCCCCCUAACGGCGAUAACAUGGCAAGGGGCUGCCUAAAACGAACCUCAACUCUUCAAAUCCUCGUCAGGUCGCUCGUCCACUUCCCCUCUUCCCGCCUCCUUCUUUCCUUUCUUCCGCUCUGCCAACGAAUGAUUGAAUGAUAUCUCUGCGAGAACCCCAAUAUCGCAUCCAUGGCCGACACUCGAUCGCUGCGAAUUACCACCGCCGCGACUUUUCUUCCCGCGUUUCCAUUAUUGCUUGCGCAUGGCGUCGUAUCGAACAGUCCCGCUCCUGCCGUAGGGUUGGUGCCGCUUGCUGUCUCAGCAAGCACGAGUAUCUUCCUACUUUCGCGGUCCGCAAGGAAGCAGCAGUCGGCGGAACUAGAGCGGGGUAAUGUUAACGAAGAGGGGCAGGUGCGGGAACCACAGCUGGAGCAGGAGCCGGGACUCGAACAGGAAUUUGCGCAGCAACCUCAGGAGCGACCCGAGGCGCCGGCGCCGGCUCCGAACCGAAGCCACCCUAUCCUUGUAUUCGCCGUCGACACGAUACUUGCCGCGGCGCUGAUGGUGGUUUUGGUAUUUACAUGGAUUGAUUCGAGCAGUGGCAGCACCAAUAGCGCCGAGUCAGCUAUGCUGGCUGCGUAUGGUACAAUCCCACUGCUGAUAAAUUUCUUUAUCCAUCUCUUCCUAGCGGUACGCGAAUUCUCCCGCGGCCUCGCGAUCCCGGGGCUGACGCAGUACCUCGCGUGGCAGGUCGUCGAACCCGACUGUCCGGACUGCGGGCGCAGACUCCGUCCCGACGCACCGCCUAGCUUACCAUGGGUCGAGGAGACCACGCUCCCCCGGCCAAACUUUAAGAACGUCAAGCUAAAGCUACCGUCGAUGCCGAAGGUUAAGGCGCCGGAAUGGAAGACUCCGGCAUGGUUCCGGAAUCGAAGCGCACGCGGUUAUACGAACCUUUUCGGUGCUACUAAUGACGAGGAGCCUGUGACAACUCCAUAUAGGGAUGACCCGGAAGAGGGCGGCCCAUCUAUUCGACCCGAUGAAUCCGAGACCGUGGAGCCCGAGGUGGUGGAUGUCGUAAGCAAGAAGUCUAGGAAGUUAGGGAGAGAUUCUAGCUCAUCCCCAUGAAUUCGUCGAGAUGGAUGAGGGCCAUUUUAUCCGUUGAACUAUCCGGAUGGUUUGUUUCUAGCGAAAGUACGGCGAUACCCUUCUGUUUUUGGCGAGAUAUUUGAAGCGACUAUGGGGUGUUUGAGGGACUUUAGUAGGGGAGGAGGGAUGAUAUUAUGAAGACAGCGUGAUACCCUUAUGAUUAAAGUUGUUUCUAGGUGCUUACCUACCCGUAGGUACCUGCCUAGGUAUAUUUAGAAGAUUGCGAAUUUUUGCGGGGGAGCCGAAUGUUUUGGAGGUCUCACAAUGAGAAAGCUUUGUUGAUAAGGUAGAUUCUAAAGCAAUCCAUUCAAACAAGAGGCUUGUCUAUUACUCGUACCAUAUUCGCCAAUACUACUAGUAGUUUCUGAA